UUCCCUCAGAGAAGAAAGAAAGUGCUAUUCCUUUCAGAACACGUUCAUCAAUCAGCGAUCAACAGUCAACCAAAGAAGAAAGAAACAGAGGAAUUGGAAUUUCCAUAAUAUACAGAAUAAUAAAAGCAUAAAUAUAUUUUUAAUUUUGCUUAAUGAGUAAGGAAAAAUAGCUUAUAUAGAAGGGAAGUGAUCACCUGAAACUGAAUUCCAAGUAUCUCUUUUAGGGCUUUAUUGUUCUCUUGUCUCAGGCAUUAUAACAAACUUAGUGAUGACAUCAAGAACUUUGAGAAGAAGGCUUCAUCAUGCUGAUGUUGAUGGAAAGAGGCAAGAGCAUUUAGAAACAUCAGAUUUGGAUGGAUUGAAUGAACCUCUACUUGGGAAUUACAGGCACGACGAUAGGCAUUCAGAGCUUGAAGAUCUCUUGGAUGAUGAACGGAGGAAAGAACACCGCCAUUGGACCUUAGUAUUUUCCCAGUUGAUUGCACAAUGGGCUCAGUGGCUUGCGAAUAUCGUAAUUGGACCUGCAUCUGUUGUUGGGUGGCUUUUGACCCUUCCUUCUGCUACACAGAAUAGAGAAGGCAAUAAGUUACUUAGACCUUCCCUUAGUCCUUUACAGGAAGAAAGACUCAGAAAUAUACGGCAGAGGCUUGAAGUCCCCUUUGAUGGUUCUUGUCUGGAGCAUCAAGGUGCACUGAAGCAAUUGUGGAGGUUGGCAUAUCCUGAUAGGGAGCUCCCGUCUCUUAAGUCGGUGCUUUGGAAGGAGAUGGGUUGGCAGGGAACAGAUCCCUCAACAGAUUUUAGGGGUGGGGGAUUCAUAUCAUUGGAGAAUCUUAUCUUUUUUGCUCAGAAGUAUCCGGAAUCAUUCCAGAGAUUGUUGCACAAACAGGAUGGAAACAGAGCUGAGUGGGAAUAUCCUUUUGCUGUUGCUGGAAUCAAUAUAUCCUUUAUGUUGGCACAGAUGUUAGAUCUCCAAUCAGGAGUGCCGUCGUCUUUGGCGGGAAUCCGUUUUCUGGAACUGCUUCAAGAAGAUGAAAUGGCGUUUGAUAACCUUUAUUGUGUAGCCUUUCAAAUGAUGGAUGCUCAGUGGCUUGCAAAGCGUGCUUCAUAUAUGGAAUUCAAUGAUGUUCUGAAGUCUACAAGAACUCAGUUAGAGCGUGAGCUUGCGCUUGAAGAUGUUUCCAAUGUGAAAGACUUGCCAGCGUACAACCUGUUGAAAAGAUGAUCUCCUCGGUUCAUGUAGUUCAAUAUCCCACAUUUUCUUUCUGCAAUAUAUAUAUUUUUUUAACGACAUUUGUUUUAUGGUUAUAAUUCUUUCUAUUUUGAAAAAUUUAAUGAAGUGCCAUAGACAUAUAAAAACGUAUUUUUGACAGGGGUAAUAACAAAAAUUUCCCCUUUGUUAAUUUGAAAGUGGGAAUCCACUCUUUGGUUUACAAAUGUGAAGAUUAAAUUAUCAAAAAAAAAAAAAAAAAAAAGAUUAUCCCUUGUCAUUUUCUAAUAGAGCAGUACUAUUUGAUCAGUGAAUCCCACACUCAAGUGCCUCCAUCAGAUAUUGCCCCGCAAUAGGACCAUGUCACCUGGAAACACAAUUUCGUAAAUCUUUUUUAACUGAACUUUUGUUUCUUCUUUAUGAGAAAACAAUGGAUAAAUAAAUAAAUCUCAUUAUUGGUCUAUCCAAUGGCCAUGGCACCAUAGUCACCGCUGUUUCUGUCUCCGUCUGACCGGCAGAAGGCAAUGAGCGGCUUGCCGGCGAACAGGG